CAACUAUGACGAACCAAUAAAUAUUCUUCCUUAUUCUUUUUUGCCAGUAAUCGACAGAAAUCAGGGACUGUGCGCGUGAUCAGUUGCCUGAAUCUCUUGCAGAUAUGUCGGAACCACCUUCAAAAGUCACAUAUGAAACCUAUCUCGGUUUAGAUAGAUUGCUACAGUGUCAGUCAUUGGCGAGUGAAAAAGCCGGAGAAAGAGUGGACGAAGAACAUCUCUUCAUUAUUGUGCACCAAGCGUUCGAGCUAUGGUUCAAGCAGAUCCUUGAUGACCUGCGUGCGGUAUUGAAAACAUUUCAAUUAGAAGAGUUUGAUGAGAGCAAACAUUUGGCAGGGAUAGCAGCGAAGCUAGGGCGGAUUACCCUCAUCCAGAAGUUGAUUAUCGGCCAUUUCGAAAUCAUUGAAACAAUGCCACCGGCCAUAUUCCUAAAUUUCAGGAAACAUUUACGUAGUGGGUCUGGAUUUGAAAGCUUGCAGUUUCGUCUGAUAGAAAAUACCAUCGGCCUCCAGCGGGGUACUCGGAAAACUAUGAACAAUAGUGAUUACAAAGGUAUUCUGAAUGCGGAUCAAAGAAAGAUAGCAGAACAAUCAGAAGAGGACCCAUCUUUGUUUGACGUUGUGGCGAAAUGGCUAGAAAGCGUAUUCGCAAAAUAUGUUGGAGAUGAGGAAAAGUAUUUUGAAGUGUUGCAGACGAUGCUUGAUAGGUGGUCCAAGGAUGAAAGCAUAGACGAACAUCAUAGAGGAAAAAAGGAUUCAUAUACAGUGAUAUUCAAAAAGGCUGAAUACGAUAGUAGUGAUAAGCGGCUCAGUUACAGGGCAUUUCACGGAGCAUUUCUAAUAUUCCUUUACCAAGAGGAACCACAGUUUCAGCAAGCGAAUCGCACGUUGAAACUUAUAAUGGACGUAGACGCCCAGCUCUCCAAAUGGCGCCAUACUCAUGUGCUGAUGGUUCACCGAAUGUUGGGCAAGAAAAUGGGAACAGGAGGGUCAUCUGGGUACGACUACCUAAUGAGCACUAAUGUGGAUGAUUACCGAGUGUUCAUCGAACUUUUCCACAUGGCUGCAUUUCUUAUUCCAUAUGAAUACAAACCAUCGGAAAAGCCACCAUUCAAAUAACACUAAGAUUUAUGUGUAAAAGAAACUCUCUACUACAAAGGGGUAUAUAUAGAUGACCAUCAGAUAUACGAAUGGAUUAUAUGAAAAUAUCCAUUGUAUUGUCUUAAUCAAAAUGUAUACCGUAUAUAGCGUUAAUCGUUUAAAUCUUGUUUGAGUGUGCUUGAGCGCACGUGUGUAUUUUAUUAAUCAAACUACAUGCACAAUCUAAGAAUCCAAUCAUCCUCUUUAUACAUGACGUACAUAGUUUUGUUUGUUUUUUGUACACUUUGUCGUCAGGUCAUUCUCGAUUACUGAAAAUUAUUGAAAUAAAAAAACGUAUCGUUUGUCUUUCCC